AAUCGUAUCACUAGAUUUGACUUUUUGCGAUCGGGCCAAACUAUUUCCUACUACGUAAACGAAGUUCUCAAGGCUAUCAUAAAGAUGCACACGUUAUUCAUUGUGAAUCCUGAGCCAGUUCGCGACGACUGUGUCGAUUGGAGAUGGAAACACUUCAAGGGAUGUCUUGGCGCUCUAGACGGUACUUUCAUUAGCGUUUUGGUUCCUUCUGCCCUCAAACCUCGAUUUAGGAACAGAAAGGGACAGAUAGCAACAAAUACAUUGGCAGCUUGUGAUCGGGAUAUGCGAUUUACAUACGUUCAACCGGGGUGGGAGGGAUCUGCCGGAGACGCUCGUGUUUUGAGGGAUGCGGUAAACCGACCUCAUGGUCUGAGAGUCCCAUUAGGGAAUUAUUACCUCUGUGACAAUGGUUAUGCAAAUAGCAAUGGAUUUUUGACACCUUACCGAGGCGUCAGAUAUCACCUUAAAGAAUGGGGCCCAAACGCUGAUAUGCCUCAGAACCCUGUUGAGCUGUACAAUAUGCGACAUACUAAAGCGCGCAAUAUUAUUGAACGAGCAUUCGCUGUGCUGAAGAUGCGAUGGGGCAUACUCCGAAGUCCAUCAUUCUACCCCAUCAAGGUGCAAAUUCGUAUAAUUAGUGCAUGUUUCUUGUUACACAACUAUGUCCGGGGCGAGAUGGCUGUUGAUCCAUUAGAAGCUCUUCUCGAGGAUUGGACCGAUGGACAUGGAGUUGAUGAAGACUCCAAUGAUGUUCCAUACGUUGAUUUCAUCGAAGCAACAAAUGAUUGGAACAACUUCCGAGAUCAAUUAGCAACCACAUUGUGGAAUCAGCAUAUUAGCGGUGGCUGAUGAUUUUAACUCAUGUGGAUUAAAGUUGCACAUGAGAUGCUUACUAGGGUUAGACGAGGAUAAUAUUGGAAAUAAGAAAAAUAUAUGAGGAUAUUUCUGGUAUUUCAAGCUAUUCUUAAGUGCUUAAAAUCCAAACCAAA